UGAUUGGGGCCCGUGCGGAGGAGGUGGAGGGGGGGCCCCCGGGGCUGGUGGGAGCCCAGGUGGAGGAGGAGGAGGUGGAGGAGGGCCCCCUGGGGCUGGUGGGGCCCCUGGAGGAGGGGGAGGGGAGAGCCCUUCAGUUGUUUGACUUACAGAAGAAGAGGGAUAUCCUGGAGCUGUUGAGGAGGGAGGAGGAGGAACGAAGAAGCCCUCCGGGGUUGCUAGGCCUGCGGGAAGCGGCUGGGGCUGCCCCGCAGAUGUUUGUGCGCCGGGAGGUGGGAAGGUGA